AUGGAUACUACAACGACCACUUCCUCCAGCUUACAAUCUCCCAUCCCCUUCGCCGGGAGUCCUGCCCGUCGCAAACUGCGGGACAGCUGCAACCGUUGUGCAGCAUCGAAGAUCAAAUGCAGCAAAGAAAAGCCCAUCUGUGCUCGUUGUGCAAAGCAGGGAAAACCAUGCGAAUAUUUUGUGACCAAGCGUGCCGGGCGCAAGCCAGGAACUCGAGUGCGCAACCCUAUCUCGCCCUCUCCGCCGGUCAUGCAGUCAUGGCUACCGGCCACUCAUACUGAGCCUGAAGUCACGCAGCCGUCUGCUGACACCCCUUCGACUGAAAGCUAUUCAGAUCUCUUUUCCGCCAGCUUUGCGUCGACCGAUCCCAGCUUCUUGACCCAGGGAACAGUGGAGGACAUCCUGAACUUUCACAUCGAUGACUUCACAGACUCCUCCCAGAAGCUACCUAUGAUACAUCUGCCCGGCGGUGACAACGAAUUCGACUCUUUGCAUCAACAGCCUAACUUGGCCAACUUUGACAACAUGGCUGCUCUUCUUUCCUCUAACCAUGCUCCGUCUAUCGGGGAAGCGACCGCAUCACCGGGCCAGCUCCCCAACCGCAGCUGCAGCUUUGUUCGGACCAUCACUUUACUCAACAAUUUUCCGUCCCCAGCCACAAGAGGUUGCUCAGGCUUCCCCGUUCAAAUCAAUCCCUCCACCGACACGGUCAAAUCCAUCCUCAGCGCUAACGAGCAGACCGUCCAAGCAAUCAACGAGAUGCUCCAAUGCGACUGCGCCGACGGCUACCUAUUGGCCGUCCUCUCCAUCAUUAUGCUCAAGACCCUGUCCUCGUACGCAGCAGUUGUGCGACAAACACCCAACCUCGAGGCGGAGCACUCCAUCGGUGCAGACCCGCCAAGCCUGAGCCCGCUGCGUGGCGAGCUCGGAUCCCAGCUCGACGAGUACGGACUCGACAGCGAGGACCACAUCCGUCUCGUCGGGCAACAGGUUCUGAGCCAACUGCACCGAGUACAGCGGCUGGUCAACCUCUUAUCGCAACGCACCCAGACGGUUGGUGGGGGCGGAUGCGGUGCCCCCCUGACUCCCCCGUCGCACCAGACCACCUCAAUGGAGAGCUUGUUUCCCUUCMCGGCGGCUAUGUUGGAUCAAAUGGAGGCGAACCUGCGCAAACGUCUUCGUGAUCUAUCGGCGGAGAUUCUGGAUCUGCUGCGGUAG